AUGACUCCAGUCAACAGGAAUAGUGAGCACACAGACCCCCAGGCCAGAACCAGCCUGGCACAUUCCAGGCAUGGGAAGAAGUGUGGGGAAGCUGGAGUGGGCAAGGAGGAGAGUAUGAUAAGGUGUGCCUCUCAAUCUGCUCCUCUUGAAGGAGUGCUUUGUGUUAGCUUAACUCCCUGCACCACUUGUGUGUACAUGCAGUUUACAGAUUUUCAUGCUGUUCAGAAGAGUGAUGGUAACUCUCAAGCCAAGGUGAAAGAAGGACAAGUCACAUGUGCCAAUUUAACGAAUGGUGGGAAGUCAGAACUUCUAAAAUCAGGAAGCAGCAAAUCCACACUAAAGCACAUAUGGACAGAAAGCAGCAAAGACUUGUCUAUCAGCCGACUUCUGUCACAGACUUUUCGUGGCAAAGAAAAUGAUACAGAUGUAGACCUGCGAUAUGACACCCCAGAACCUUAUUCUGAGCAAGACCUUUGGGACUGGCUGAGGAACUCCACAGACCAACAAGAGCCUCGGCCCAGGGCCAAGCGAAGGCCCAUUGUUAAGACGGGCAAGUUUAAGAAAAUGUUUGGAUGGGGUGAUUUUCAUUCCAACAUCAAAACAGUGAAGCUAAACCUGUUGAUAACUGGGAAAAUUGUAGAUCACGGCAAUGGGACAUUUAGUGUUUAUUUCAGGCAUAACUCCACUGGUCAAGGGAAUGUAUCUGUCAGCUUGGUGCCCCCUACAAAAAUAGUGGAAUUCGACUUGGCACAACAAACCGUGAUUGAUGCCAAAGAUUCCAAGUCCUUUAACUGUCGCAUUGAAUAUGAGAAGGUUGACAAGGCUACCAAGAACACACUCUGCAACUAUGAUCCUUCAAAAACCUGUUACCAGGAGCAGACCCAAAGUCAUGUAUCCUGGCUCUGCUCCAAGCCCUUCAAGGUGAUCUGUAUUUACAUUUCCUUUUAUAGUACAGAUUAUAAACUAGUACAGAAAGUGUGCCCCGACUACAACUACCACAGUGACACACCUUACUUCCCCUCCGGAUGA